AUGGGACAACAUCUUCGUGUGCUUCGUGCUUUCCAAGCAAGAGAUAAGAACUUUGGAAAAACUGCGCCAACUAUGACUGCCGAAGCGGCUGAACGGUGGCGAUCCAGCUAUCGCAAGUAUCGUCAUCAGAAACACCAGGAAAAGACGAGAGAUAAGAACUUUGGAAAAACUGCGCCAACUAUGACUGCCGAGGCGGCUGAACGGUGGCGAUCCAGCUAUCGCAAGUAUCGUCAUCAGAAACACCAGGAAAAGAAAGCGGCUUCGGAACGAGCUGAUUCUGAAAAAUCAAAAUUACCCUCAGAUAUCAAGGAAAAGCGUAAAACGUUCAAACAAAUCAAAGCAGUUGCUCGUGGCAGAUCACUUGACAAGCAUGAGCGCCGCCACAAGAAAAAACAUGCAUCCAUGGAUCUUGACGAAACUCCAUAG